AGAUUCUCAUGUUUAUAUAUGUAUAAUGUUUUCAUAAUUCAGAAAAUAGUGCUUAAUUUAUGUUUUGAAAAGUUAUAUUUUCAAAAUUUAUAUAUAUAAUUUAUAUAAAUAAAUUAAAGAGAAUUUAGAAUAAGUGAAAAUUAUAUUGUUACAUAUAAUAUGGAUAAAUCUGAGAGUAAUAAAAAUGACUUUUUUCUUCGUAUACAAUAUGCAUUUCCUAUUUUAUAUGAAAAGAUUCAAAAUGAAUGUUCAGAUAAAGAAUUUAUUGAUGUGGUUAAAGAAAUAAAAACAUUGAAUUUAACACAAUUUGUUGAAGAUGUAGUUAUUUAUCAUAUAGAAUUAUAUAUCCGACAAAAUGUAGCACCUGCAUUUUGGAAGAAGUUUACAAAUAAUAUAAAUGAACAACAAGGUUUUGAAUAUUUUAAAAGUGCAGUAGAUGGAUUAUAUACAAGUUUAACAGAAUUUUUACCAUUAUUGAAAAGGUUAGAAUAUUUGAUACAAAAUGAAACAACUCAAUCUAUAACAAAUGGAAACAAUGUAUUAAGUCGAUUUAAAUUAAUUGUGAGAUCUACAUUAUUAAGUCAAUUACCACUUCACUAUGAACAUAUAGUUGAACAAUUUUAUAAAAUUGCAUUCAAUAUAUUCUGUAGUGCAGAUGGUUCUGCUCAAGUAACUAUUGGAAGUGAUCCUGGAAAAUGUAUGGGUUGUUAUCAAGAAGUGGAAAAAUGUCAAUGUCAGAUGAUAGUAUACAUGUUCCAUGAAACAAAUGGGAAAUUAAUUGAAUUAGAAUUAUUAGAAAGAUUAGUUGGUAAUGUUCUUACAUCAUUGAUACAUAUACGUAUUAAAAAUCAUGUAAGUCAAUCAUGUGAUAAAACAUUUGAUGUAUCACAAUUAACAUCAUUAGAAAAUUGGCUUGAAACAGUUGUUAUGAGUUGGUUAAUAAGAAUAUAUUCUGGUGGUUUCUCAAAGAUUACAUUCUUAAGUGAUCAAACCCGUAAUGCAAUAGACAAAUUUAAACAAAAAUUAUCUCAUUUCUUAUAUGAAACAUAUACAAGAUUUAGAAUUGAACAACUCUUUGAUAUUAUAAUAGAAUAUCCUGAUUCUCAACCUGCAAUAGAUGAUUUACGUGUUUGUUUAGAAAGAACUGAUUUACGAAAAAUAUUAAUAGAAAGUUUACAAGAAGCUUUAAAAACAAGAUUAUUACAUCCUGGUGUAAAUACACCAGAUAUAAUAACAGCAUAUAUUGCAGCUAUAAGAGCACUGAGACAGUUGGAUCCCACAGGUGUUCUUCUUGAGACAAUAACAGAACCUAUUAAAGUUUAUUUAAGAACCAGAGAAGAUACUGUACGUUGUGUAGUAAGUGAUUUGCUUGAUGAUUCACCAAGUGAUCUAGCAGAUGAAUUAGUCAAGGGUGAAUCUUUACAGUUAGAUGAUGGUUCUGGUGAUGAAGAAAAUGAAGAUUGGGAUAAAUGGAUGCCAGAUCCUGUUGAUGCUGAUCCUGCAAAAUCAGCACAACGCAGAAUGUCAGAUAUAAUAUCAAUGUUAGUAAAUGUAUAUGGUAGUCAAGAUUUAUUUGUAAAUGAAUAUCGUACAUUGUUAGCAGAUAGAUUAUUAUCUCAAUUAAAUUAUCAUACUGAACGAGAAAUUCGUCAUUUAGAAUUGUUAAAAAGGCGUUUUGGAGAAAAUCAACUUCAUUAUUGUGAAGUUAUGUUAAAAGAUGUAUAUGAUUCUAAAAGAAUAGAUGGACAUAUACAAUCUAAUACUAGUUAUACUUUAGAGAAAGAUCAUUUUCCUACAUCUGCAUUAAUAUUAUCAGCCCAAUUUUGGCCACCAUUUAAAGAAAAUUGGAAAUUGGAGUUACCUAAAAUUGUACAAAAUCAAUUAAAUAAAUAUGUAAAAGCAUUUGAAACUUUGAAAGGAAAUAGAACACUUUGUUGGAAACCUCAUCUUGGAAAUGUUACAUUAGAAAUAGAAUUAAAAGAUAGAAAAUUAGAUAUAAAUGUAACACCAAUACAUGCCACAAUUAUUUUACAUUUUCAAGAUAAAAAAGAAUGGGCUCUAGAAGAACUUGCAGAAAUAAUGCAUGCUCCUGCAACUGUAUUAAGAAGGAAAAUAACUUUUUGGGUUUCCCAAGGUCUUUUAAAAGUUUCCAAUGAUAUUUUUAUAUUACAAGAAGAAAGUUCAACCAAAAAUAGAUCUAUAACAGACAUUGUUGAAGAAGAAGAAAUAGAAAGCGCAAUGGCAUCUGCAAGUGAUCAAAGAGAAGAAGAACUUCAAGUGUUCUGGUCUUAUAUUGUUGGCAUGUUAACUAAUUUAGAUUCUAUGCCUCUAGAAAGAAUUCAUCAGAUGUUAAAAAUGUUUGCAUCUCAAGGUCCAGGAGCAAUGGAAUGUGGCUUACCUGAAUUGAGGCAAUUUCUUGAUAGAAAAGUUAGAGAACAUCAAUUAUUGUUUUCAGGUGGCUUAUAUCGUUUACCAAAAUCAUAAAAUUAUUACUUAAUUAUUUAUAAUUAUAA